ACCUGUUUGAAUAAUUGCAAUUGCACUGCUUAUGCUUAUGGCAGUUCAUGCUCGAUUUGGAAUGGCGAACUCUUGAAUAUGCAGCAAAGCUCACAAAAUGAUGGUACGGGCGAAUCGAUCUAUGUCAGGUUAGCUGCAUCUGACAUCCCAAAAUCCAAGAGUAAAAAGGGAAUUCCAAUUGGUGUUUCUGUGGGGUCUGCUGCUGCCGUAGUGAUCGUUUUGGGCCUCAUUUUUGUUGUAUACGGGAGAAGGCGUAGGCAUAUUGUUGGAAGUGGGAAAACAGUGGAGGGUUCAUUAGUUGCGUUUGGUUACAAAGACUUGCAACACGCGACUAAAAACUUCUCGGAGAAGUUGGGUGGUGGAGGCUUUGGUUCUGUUUUCAAAGGGAAACUAUCUGAUUCAUCUGUUAUUGCUGUUAAGAGGCUAGAUAGCAUCAGCCAGGGAGAGAAGCAAUUUCGAUCAGAGGUCAGUACAAUUGGGACAAUCCAACAUGUUAAUCUUGUACGCCUUCGUGGAUUUUGCUCUGAAGGUAACAAUAAACUGCUGGUUUAUGAUUACAUGGAAAAUGGAUCGUUGGAUUCACAUCUUUUUACCGAACAGCAGUCAGAUGUUAUGGAUUGGAAAACGAGGUACCAGGUGGCGCUGGGGACAGCUAGAGGAUUGACUUAUCUCCAUGAAAAGUGCAGGGAUUGCAUUAUACAUUGUGACAUAAAGCCUGAAAACAUCCUCCUUGAUGCACAAUUAUGCCCCAAAGUAGCAGAUUUUGGCCUGGCAAAGCUUGUUGGGCGCGACUUUAGCAGAGUUCUUACUACUAUGAGAGGAACAAGAGGUUAUCUUGCACCGGAAUGGAUAACAGGGGUGGCCAUUACAGCCAAAGCUGAUGUUUAUAGCUACGGGAUGAUGCUUUUGGAAAUUGUAUCAGGGAGGCGAAAUUCGGAGAAUUCUCAAGAUGGGAAAGUAAAAUUCUUCCCUAGUUGGGCUGCACGUGUAGUAGUUGAGGAAGGCGAUAUCCUUAGCUUAUUGGACUAUAGGCUGGACAGAAAUGCUGAUGCUGAGGAGGUGUCAAGAAUAUGUAAAGUCGCGUAUUGGUGCAUCCAAGAUGAUGAAUUACAAAGACUCUCAAUGGGUCAGGUUGUUCAGAUUCUUGAAGGAGUUUUAGAGGUGAAUUUGCCUCCUCUCCCGCGUUCUCUUCAAGUUUAUGCAGACAACGACGAGCAUAUAGUUUUCUUCACUGAGUCAUCAUCGAGCCAGACUAAUUCACAAGCUCAGAGCAAGACUUCAAGUGCAACAUCUCAAUCCAAAAGCACCACAAAGUCUACGAAUUCCAGGUCUUGAAGAUGACUUUCAACUACUUCUUGCAAUGUAUAUCAUUAGUAACUAUUUCGAAUUACCUAUGCUUAGCUGUGUAAAAUCAUUUAAUGGUUAGCCCUAGCAUCACCUGUUGAGUUUGCUGGGUUCGCUAGUUCUAUUUUAUUUCAUACUUUUGGUAAUUUUGUGGUGAAUUUUAGAGUGCAGAGUGAAUAAAUACUUGAAAAGAUUUCAAA